CCCGCCCCUACCGGGGAGAGAGCCGGAGAGCGAUCCGGCUCCUGCCGACGGCGGCGGGAACAGCAGGAGAGGGUUUUUGCCCAGCUUGGGAAACUACAGCUGGAGCAGAGAAAUGUUCUGCAGGACUCCUGAAGCUCCAUGCUCCAGGCGUGCUUGACGGAGGAUAGCAGGAAGCUCAGCCCAGCUUUCAAGUGUCACUGUGACUGACUGUAGGGAGGGAGGAGUUGCCAGCUAGUCCAGGGAGGCCGCCCGCCCGAGCACUUGCACUGACUGCCAGGAUGCAAGCCGAGGUUUAGAGAUCCAGCUCCUGUGCAGCUCUCCUUUGUGUCCACCCCGGGGAGGGGAAGUGCAAAGACACCGCUUCCUCUUGGAGGGCUUUCAAGCAGCUCCAAGGGAAGCAGUUAACUUGCAGAGCACCAGGGGAUGUGGAGUGAGGGACUCUCCCUCUGACAAUGAGCAUCCAUGUUCUCAAAGUUCACCGAGCACCUGGAAGAAUGUAAGUGGCAAAGACCGGAGACCACAUGGAAGAAAGGAAUGCAGAAGGGAUUUCUCCCUGCAACCGCUGUGACAGGAUUGUACAGUGCUGUGGAUACAGUGACACAGAUGGCGUGUGGAUCUGCCUUUUCCUCCCAUUUCUUCUGCUUGAUAUUUGAUCUUGGUCCUUCGGGGCUGCUGGUUUCUGGUGGUAAUGGGCACUAAAUAUUCACUGGUGUUUAUCUCUUCCGUUGGGCAGCUUUGAACGAUCUCUGUGGGGAGGACACAACAGCCAUAGACAGCUUUCUGGAACAACCUGUUGGUUCCCGGUACUGGGAGGAGCCCAGUUUAGAGAUUGCUGCUUGGAAUGAGGACAGCUGAAACUAAGUCAUCAGUAAAUUAUCCCCUUACUUGCCCCCCACGGCCCUGGAUUCAUGAACACAGGAGGCAAAAGGGAGGACGUUAUCCAGGUAAUUAGUUUCCGAGCAUGGACUCGGUGACAGACAAAAUAACUUCGUAAUAAUUCCCACUGUGAGUGUGCCUGAGAAGCCGUCCAGCCUUCCUCUGUACUAUGAAUUGCUGGGGUGUAAAGGCUCAAGUGGGGUCACACCCCACUGACUUAAUACAGGACUGAACAGUAGUGCUGCUCUGGGGGACAGACAGAUUUCCCGACUUAACCUCCCAAGGCUUCUGUCUGCUCCCAAAGAGCAGUGUGGACACAGAGCUGAUUGGCUAACUCAGACCUUUAAGGUGGCUAUCUGGAUGGCUAUACCUCCGGGGCUCUUAAUUUAAUUGUCUGCCUUUACCUUUGAAACCACGCAGGCAGAGCCGAGAGAGCAUUGUACGGGUAUCUUUGGGCCUCCUAUGAAACCGUGUGUGGGUGGAAAGAGGCUGCAAAGGUUCUAAGCCCAAUGAACGACGAUUCUGUUGCUGCUGCUCACACGGUCCCUGUGUGGCCGUUUGCUGGGCUGAGGGCAUAGGAGCGGGAGCCUCUCUCACCCACGGUACAAUGCACUUUACUUAUUAGCUGGUUUGCAUGGUGGGAGUUUUUCUGGAAAAAUUGCUGACUCCCAAUUCAUGGGAAAGACCCCCAGUGUUUGAGGCCUGGGAAGACCAUCAAACCACUCGGGGAGAAACCCAGAGAAGAGGGGUGGUUAUGGAGCAGAACCCUCUAUCUCCAGAAGGGGUGGCAGAGCCCCAGAAAGCAGCCAGGAUCCAGGUAUAAGACAAGUUUGCACCAUUCAUGUUCUCUGAGGCUGUGGCCUGGUGACAGACCGUUUGAGGUGGUGCAGGUGAUGCCCUCUGGAGGCAGGGAUCCUCACGCCUCUCUUCUAUACACGCCUGGGCUUUCUUCCCAGCACCUUGGGGCUCCUGUGUCUGGAACCGAGACGUCGAAGAAGAGCAGUCUGUAUUCCCUUCCCUGCAGCAGCCAUGGCGGAGCACCUGGAGCUGCUGGCGGAAAUGCCAGCAGUGGCCAGGAUGAGCACCCAGGAGCGGCUGAAGCAUGCACAGAAGCGCCGGACGCAGCAGCUGAAGAAAUGGGCACAGUUUGAAAAGGAGGCCCAGAGCAAGAAGACGAGAGCAGAAAAGAGGAGAAAGAAUAGCAGCAAGGAGAAGCGAGUGCUGUUUCCGGAGAGCAUCAAGCUGCUGGAGGCAGCAUCUCGCAAUGAUGUGGAGGAAGUUCGCCAGUUCCUUCAGCGUGGCAUCAGCCCCAGUUUGUACAAUGAAGAUGGCCUCACUGCAUUGCACCAGUGCUGCAUCGACGACUUCGGGGACGUGGUCCUGCUGCUGCUGGAGGCCGGCGCUGAUGUCAACGCCUGCGACAGUGAGCUCUGGACGCCGCUGCACGCCGCUGCGACCUGCGGACACCUGCACCUGGUGGAGCUGCUGAUUAAACAUGGUGCCAAUCUCCUGGCCGUGAACACAGACGGGAACAUGCCAUACGACCUCUGCGAGGACGAUGUGACGCUGGACUACAUUGAAACGGCCAUGGCAGAUCAGGGAAUAACUCAGGAGGCGAUUGAGGAGGCCCGAGCCGCCACGGAGCACAGCAUGGUGGAAGAUAUCCGAAAGCUGCUUCAGGCAGGUGCCGAUCUGAACACUCCACUUGACCACAGUGCCACUCUGCUGCACAUUGCCUCGGCAAAUGGCUACCUGGAAGCUGCCGAGCUGCUGCUGGAACACAAGGCCAGCAUGAGCGCGAAGGACAAUGAUGGGUGGGAGCCCCUCCAUGCUGCCGCCUGCUGGGGGCAGAUCCAUCUGGUGGAGCUGCUGGUGGCCCAUGGAGCUGAUCUCAAUGGGAAGUCUGUGCUGGACGAGACGCCCUUGGACGUGUGCGGCGAUGAGGAGGUCCGGGCCAAGCUGCUGGAGCUGAAGCACAAGCAUGAUGUCAUCAUGAAGUCUCACGACAAGCACAAGUCGCUGCUGCAGCGACGCACCUCCAGCGCUGGCAGCCGAGGGAAGGUGGUGCGGCGGGUCAGCGUGACGGAGCGCACCAACCUGUAUCGCAAGGAGCACGAGAAAGAGGCCAUCGUCUGGCAGCAGGUGGAGCCCCGGGAGAACGAGGCUGAGCUUGAGGACGAGGACAAGCAAACGGACGCUGAGCUCCAGCAGCACCUCUCCGGCGCCGAGGCAGAAGUGGCAGGUCCAGGGGUCUUGGUGGGAGACGAGCAUCAGAAUCCGGGACUGAGCCAGAGAAAUGGAACUGCGGGCUCUUCUGCCCCUGGCCCCCCCAAACACCUCUACUCCAAGAGGCUGGACCGCAGCAUCUCCUACCAGCUGGCCACCCAAGAGGAGCUGUCGGCCGACCUGUGCAAGGAGAAGUCCCACCACACACUAGCGGACCUCAAACGCCAGCGGGCAGCAGCCAAGCUCCAGCGACACCAUCCAGAGGACUAUCCUCCCACCGAGGGUGAGGGCCCCCUCGCGCCUGGCCUCGCUGAGACCCUGCGCAGCAGCAGUCACCCCCGCCUGGACGUGGAGCAGAACUCUGUCUACUACACGGCAGCCAGUGGCGACCCACCUCUUCUGAAGCUGACGGCCCCGGCCGAGGAGACCCCCGCUGAGAAGAACAGAUGCUGUAAGCUGAUGUGAGGCGCUGGCAAGAGAAGGUGUUGGUGGGGUGUGUCCCCUCCCUGGCAUUGACCGAUGGCACUAAUGCCCCAGGGGGCUGCCUCUGGAACGCUGCAGCAGGGUCGGUUCUGGGAGCUGGUUUAUCUUACAGGGACUCAUCCAUGUUCCAGACCCAGACACCGAUCAGUGGCCGGGAUCCAAGCGCCCCAUCAUGGGCAGCAGGCUGGGAGCCAGAGGCCUGCCCAAAUGGGAGCAGAAUGCAAUGACCUUCGUUGUCAGUACAGAUUUGUGUCCUGGACUGUCUACGGCUCCCUGCAUGCAAUUUGCCAGCCCCUGCUUGGGUCAGCCCAUAGCACGUUGCAUGCUGGGAGCUGCAGUUGCAGAGGGCUGCAUCUCUGUUGGACCUGGUGGCGUUGAAUGUUGUGUAAAAUGCUGGGCCACUUUUGGUCAGUUGGAGGGUCCCUCCCAGGGUGUCUGUCUGUCUGUCUGGGGUCUGCGUGUGGUUCGCAAGAAGGAGUGGAAAACCUAUGGGAGCCCUCAGAGCACAGUGUAUACCACGCAUACAGCACUGGGGGGCGAGGGGAUGUCCCCAUGCUUACCUGACACGAAGGCAAACGGCUGCAAUGGGGUGAGAACGUUUCUCUUUACACAGAGUUUGUAGCCCAGCAGUCCCAUCCUAGGCCUGGGCUGCACACGAGCUGUCCUGGUUUAACGAACGUGCAUUUCAAACAGGAUGGAAAGCCGUGUAGGUCCCCAUGCACGCCCUUUGUGGUGGCUUACAACUGGCUUAGAUCACACUCACUGGCUUGGAUUCACUAAAGGAAGCGCUGGACUGCGCUUGGCCGUGUGCUGGAACAAGGCCGUCGGCUGUAAUUCCCAUCUUUUCUUCCAGCAGCGUUAAACUGAACUCUGAAUUCAGCGCGGCCAUACGCAGCCUUGCACUGAAACAGCCAAAGGUGCGGAUGGAUGCUGAGUUCACCACGUCAGUGCAAGUCUGAUGUGGGUCCGCCCCAAACAACGUGGAUAGAAGCUCGUUGUAAACCAGUAUGUGUCCACAUUGCACAGUGGGUUUGUGUGGGUUUAACUACAUUAAUCUGAACCCCUGUGCCCCCAUGGUACACCACACCAUGGUGCCGUGUGCCCUCCCCUCCCCCCCCCAGAGGACACCUGGUGUGGGGCUGUGUGCCCAGCCCCUUGUGAGCUCCUGCCCUCAGCAGUAAAAUCACUUCAGCAAAGCACCUCACCCCAGGCCAAGCACAGCCUCUUGUGCUGGCUGCUCUCCCCAGGAAACACGGCCUGCGAGCGGGACAUGGGAGCUGGUUUCUGGCCCCACAGUCUUUUGGGGCCUUGGCCAAGCUAUGGCGCUUCCCAGGGCUCAGCGUCUGCAUCUGCCAGAGCGGGAGCUGUGGAGGCUGAUGAAUCUGUAAUGGUCUCUAGCCGCCCGUGCCUGGGCCCUCGGAGCAGCGCUCGAAAUGGGAGCAGUCUUGGACAGCGCCUCCUGCUCCCCAUUGCUUACACGGGGCUCGAACAGGGCAUGCCGAUGGCACCCUUCUCUUCUCCCGUUCUCUGCAGAAACGCCGGCCCACCGCGUGUCCCCUCCCUGCGCAGGUGAGACAUGUUUUUGUCCUCCUGCUGCAUGAGGCUCCCAGGAGCCUUAUGUUGAACCCUGCACCUCCACCCGAGGGCAGCACUGGUAGCAUCUCAGGCGUCCGAGGGCUACCCCAGCUUCACGCCCAUUGAGGGGUGCCCUCAGGGGCCCAGGCCCAGUGUGCCAACUCCCAGGUGAGCUCAGCAAAGCCCCUUUGGCCUGCUGCGGAGGGUGGCAUGCUGGAACCUGGAGGCCUGUCCCUCUCUAUUAAUGACUGGGGGGGCUAUGGCAGACUUCCAUUGACGUAGGGCCUCAGACUCUGCCUUCUCGGCCUGCCAUGCUGUUGCUCCGGCGCCGGGCUCUACGAUUAGAACUUCAGGAGGCGGGUGGAGUGGAAGUGGAAGAGCUUCAGCUAGAAAUGUUCUCGCCUUUCAGCCACAAUCAGGAGCAUGCCGCUCUCUGGGAUCCAGCCGGCUGGGGGGUGGCGUCCCUCUGGGGGGUGGCUCUCGUGGCUUGCAAUAGCUUAUCCCCUAGAUGGGAUUGUCCCCGCUCGCUUAUUCCUCUCUGCCCCGUUGCAUCCAGUCGUGGCUAUUCAAACCCACGUGCUAGGCCUCUCGUCCCUCUGUUCUUCACCACCCCUCACGGCCAGCGAAGCAUCAGCCAGCCCCAUCUCCCCAGCCGAAGAUCAGCCCUAGCAAGGGCCCAGCUGGAUGUAAUGCUGCCCACUGGCUGGGGGAAAGCAGGAACCUCACCUUUGAAUCCUCUGGGGAACCCCCUUCAGCUCUGACCCUCCAGCUUGGAGAGAGCAUCUCUAGGCUGAACUUGUACUGACCGCGGGGCCAGUGAAAUCUUUCCUCCCAUGGUGGUUCUGCUCCAAGAGCCUCCUGCCUGCCCCUGGGAGAAUACAACUGUAGGGAGCUCUGGGCCUCUGCUAGGCUCUGGGGCUUGUGCUCGCCAGCGAUGGCGGCUGGCGUAAAAUCCCCUGCCGGGACCGGACUCUGCACGGUGUGUUUGUACACGGUGUGUUUGUUCGUUUUGUAUGGAGCACUCUCCUUUGAUCACAAAGUCCAUUUCCAAGGAGUUCUGUAGCCUUGGUUCCAGCCCAGUCGAGCUGCCCGCCGGCGGGUUCGGAGGUGCUGAUUUUAUACUUUACUUGGCACAAUCUUUCUUGAUCUCUCCAGGUUUUGAUUUGUAGCUCCUGUUGUCUCUUUAUUUCCUGUCCACAAUAAACCAACAUUGGAGCAGUGA